ACACACAGGGCGAUCUUUGCUGCUGGGCUUCACUACCUACGCAUGGCAGCAUGACAUGGACCGUCCAGCGGCGCCCCAUGUUUUUACUCUCCUCCCCCCCUGCGCCCUGAUCUUCAAUUGGCUUUGCGCGUCGGAAAGGGGGCCCUCCCCCAACGGGCUUGCAGCGACAACUCCGGAUAGCAACCCGGCUGUCGAAAUCGGACAAACAAAUCCAGCAUUUUGCUGUCUCUUAUCCCGAGCUACGUGCGACGCUGUUGGCCGCUGUCUCCGUGUGUCUUGCCAGUCGGUAACGCACAUCCUCCCUCUCCGACCGAUCCUCACCUUAUGCCAUCAUUUUUGAGCAGUCACUGUGUCACUGUAUUGCUGCCACAUUUUGUACCUUCACCCCUCAAACUCGACAUC